CCAAUAUCCGACAAGAAUCAAACCCAACACUUACAAUUCGCCGGCGACAAUGGCAUCUUUGAAACUUCCGAUCGCCGUUAUUUUCGCCGUAUAUACACUAUCCUUAUAUGUAGAAUCUAGAACCGAUACUAACAUAGUUUAUUCUCCAUGUGCUGAUGCGUCGGUUCAGCGAUCUGAUGGUUUCACCUUUGGGAUUGUUUUUGCGGCCAGAAACUCUUUAUUCUUCUCUUCCAACUCCUCCGUUCAGCUUUCACCUUGCGAUAAACGACUUGAUCUCUCUUCCAAUUCUCAGCUCGCCGUUUUCCGCCCCAAGGUUGAUGAGAUCUCCCUUCUUACGGUCAACACUUCCAGCUUUUCUCCGGAUUCUGUUGGUGGAUACAUGGUUGCAUUUGCAGGAAGUAAAUACGCCGCAAGAUCUCUCCCUGCUUUUGUUGCAAACAGCACAUACACUGUAACAAGCUUUACACUUGCCCUUGAAUUCCAAAAGGGAAGGCUACAAAACUUGUAUUGGAAGAGAGACGGUUGUUCAAAGUGUUCUGGCGAUACGAAAUUCGUGUGCCUAAAUAAUCAGGACUGUGCUAUUAGAACUAGUAGUUGCAAGAACAGCGGUGGGGAUGUAGAUUGCAGUAUCGGAAUACAGCUUGCAUUCUCUGGAACUGAUAAGCACCUCUCGGUUUUCAAUUCGUGGUAUGAAGUUAAGAACCUUCGCCAAUACUCACUCUAUGGUCUUUACUCGAAUCUGAAAGACUCGCUUACAAGUCAGUAUAACAAUAUCUUCUCAUGAACUUUCCUACCUUUCCAAAUUGAGAUUCUAAAAAAUUCAUUUAUCCAUGUUUUUUUUGUUUACUUUGUAUAUGUCACAUUAGAUUUGCAUUCCUUCCAUUGCUAAUGGAAAACAAUGAAAAAUUAUACUAGAUUAGAGGAAAAACCGAUGAAAUCGAAAUAGCCUGUUUUUUUGUUUCUUACAUUUAAACCUUGAUCAGAUCCUAGAUAAUAAUAAUUUAACAUAGAAAUUGCUUUACCAACUAA